AUGGAAACUACUCUUAACGUGUUUUCAAGGUCUAUGAGGCUUGGGUGAGUUUAAAAGAAGUUGUGAUAUAUGUUUCUUACAUUUAAUUGGUAGCUUACUAAUUAAUUUUAAUGGUUCGUAAAAUUACAGCUGAAAGAAAGACUUAAUUGAAAUAUUUAAGAGUGAUGUUUUUACAUUCCAUGAAGAGCACUACGGCAACAUUUUUCAAGAGUUCUGCUACUGUGAGUUUAAUUGGGUGCUGUGCUUUAAAAAUGAAUGGAUAGUAUGAAGCUCUCAUAGCACUCUUCAGGACCAGUUUUAAAUGAACAAGGCGUAUUUUUAAAUUCACGAAAUAUUCUAGAUGAACGUACGUGGCUUUGUUUGUUCUUAUCAUUGAAUCCAUAUGAGUGAAAUAUGCAGUUUUUUUAAUUAAUUAAAAAAACACAGUGCAAAGUAAUAUUAGGAUUACUUUGGUCGAGCAACGAUGACUACGAGUCUUUAUUGACGCUUUGUUACCAGAAACAUGACCGUCAUCUCUUCCCCCUCUUGUAAGCAAAUUAUCAUAUUUGUGAAUUGUUGACGUUUCCAUGGCCUUGAACUUAAAAUAAACUCGUCGAUAGAUGACCGUCUCUCUGCACAUUUCAUUUGGCUUUUGUUUCUCUGUGAUAGUGAGGCGAGUUUUAUUUUUAUUUUUAGUUUUUCUAGUAUUGGUGGAACUUAUACGAAAAAGAAACAUAGUCGAUACUUCCUUAAUCUUAUUAUGGUGACAAACCAUAUAUUAGGAUACUUGAAUCAAAAGUGACUUAGUGUCGAAAGCCCUGAAUUCCCUGUGGUUGAAGACCUGUUACAGUAGUUAUGUAUGUAUCUAGACAUAAGCGAUUUAGUCGAUAUUCCCCUGAUAACUUCGGUGGAGAAUGAUUGUUUAAUUUGUUUUAUUUAGUCUAACUGAUAUCAGCGACGACGUAUCCAGUGAUAAUUUCAUAACGUGGCCAAGUUCCAGAAACGUGAGCAAACUAAUUCUUUGAAAUAAUCUUUUCAGUUCUUCUUGCCAACCACUCCCUGUCUGACAUAUUAAAUGUCCAAAAUGAUUAGAUUAUUUUUAUUUCGCUGACAUUCGUUUUCAAAUAAGUAAGAAUAAAAAUAAUAAUAAUAACAAUAAUAAUAACAACAACACUCGGACACUUUUUAAGAGGACUUUCUACGCCAAGCGCCAUUCUGCUCGACCGAUAGAUAAUUUGCUGUAGUGUCUGCAAGUGUUAAAGGAGCAGAUGGCGGCGGAUGCCACAAAACAAUUAAAAAGGUGAUAAUAAUGCAGGAAACAAUGAAGAUUUUUUUCAUUGGAGUGCAUUUCAGACCACAUUUUAAUCCCUUGUUUAGAAAGAUCUGUACCUAGAAAGGAUUAGUAUUCUGGCAUUUUCGACAGGACACGCAUUGCAACAAGACUAAGGUAAAGUGUGAUUAACUGACUAUCGCGUAGUCAGUUUUUUGGGGAAAUUUCUGAAUGGCCCAAUUUUUGGCCAAAUCUGGAGUAUUUUGUAUCAGUUUUGUAAACUCUUUUGGAUUUGCUUUUGACCGCGAGAAAGAAGAUUCUAUUAACAAUGGUCAGAGCAAAAUCCCUUGGGAAGUUGGGAAGUUUCUCAUAUUAAGAUUUUAAAAAGUGGCCGUGUUCCAGAGGCUUGGCUUGACGAAAGCUUCUUUUAUCUUUAAAGUCUAUUGUUCGGCCAUGCAGACCACACAGGAACACAUAAAACGGCAUUCCAUUCCCAACAUUUCAAAUGCUACUGGGACUCAAUAAAAAAAAAUUGAGUUUAAGAGUUAGAUUCUUUCAGGCGAAACCUACUUCUCAGUUUCACAGACAAAACUGCCCGGUCAUCACGUUUCUAUUAACAUUUUUAAAGAGGCCAACUAACGAUACAGCUAGAUACGACUUGUAUGGUUGUUUGCUUGUUUUUUUAAUUCACCGUUCAAGCCAAUCAGUGAAGAAAUUUCGUCGCUAUUUAUUCAUGUUUACAUACGUUUGGUUUUGAGUUACGCUUCAAAACAUAGUGACAGAGAAUAUUUUUAUGUUGUCUGUUUUGGCUACACCCUACGUACCCUUCGUGGCCGGUAGAUAACUAUUCUAGUUCAAACCAACUGUCGAUUGUUAAGAGACUAGCAUGAUUUGUUAAUGUUUUUUUAUUAUUAGCGUUUGUUUAUAUCGGGUCUCGAUGGUCGAUAGUACGUCGAGGAAACAGACAUGUAUGACAAGUUUGAGAGCAAUUUUGAUCGCAUUUCAAUCCGUCUCAUGUCAACUAAAAAUAUUUUUGAAAAUAAAAGAGGCUUAGUCAAGAAUCUGGAAAACCACGAGGUUCUUAAGUGCCUAUAACGCAAAAAUGUUUAUUAUCAAUUAAGUACAAGAACUUCUUCGGUAAAUUUGCGUUUUGAGGAAGUAACCUCUAUUUUGUGACCUCUCAGCUCUGCGUGAAAGUUCUCCUGCACUUUUUACACUCUCCAAUGGUCAGCCUUUUUCUCGUGUUUUCCUUUUUCAAUGUUUUAAGGAUAAUACUUUUGUAGCAGCUGGCAUUGAUGGACCCCAUCCAGCCACAGCUUCAGAAUUAGUGCUGCAACUGUAGCCGCACUUGCUGGUAUCCCACAUCAUCUUACUCAAGCAAUGAGGAGGUGGACAAGCAAUGUCCACCACCAAUAGAGGAGUUCACGCUCAUAGUUGCAUCAUGGGUAAUCAGGGCAAGAUGGCGGGAAAUUAGAAGAUUUGUAUUAGAAUUCAAAGCCAGCUAUUUCUUCCUGAAUUCAUACAUUUGAUGCUUUCUCGUCGAAAAGAGUAACUUACGAGUUCAAAGAAAUAAUACACUAAAUCUGGAGUGCAAAGAAGUCGGUGAUCAGAUUUUAGAAAACCUUGGUUUUCCUGUACAUUUUCUGUCAUUCGACGGCAUCAAAAUUACAGAGAAUGUAUGGAAAAAUUGAGGUUUUCUAAAAGCUGAUCACGGACUUCUUUCCACUCCAGAUUUCGUGUAGGGUAGGGUGUAGCUAAAACAGACCACAAAAAAAAUAUUCUCUGUCACUGCUGUCACGGUAUGUUUUGAAGCGUAACUCAAAACCAAAAGUAUGUAAACACGAAUAAAUAGCGAUGAAAUUUCUUCACUGAUUGGCUUGAACACUGAAUUAAAAAACAAGCAAACAAACAAACAAGCCUUAUCUAGCUGUAUCUUAAGUUGGCCUGUUUAAAAAUGUUAAUAGAAAGCGUGAUGACUGGGCAUUUUUGUCUGUGAAACUGAGAAGUUUCGCCUGAAAGAAUCUAACUUUUAAACUCAAAUUUUUUAUUGAGUCCCAGUAGCCUUUGAAGAAUUACUGAUCCUAGAAAGAAAUCCUUGGCACAGGUUAAGAAAAACAAGAACGUUGAGAGACACAUUUAGCAAAAUCCCCUGAGUCGAUGACAGUUCAAGCAGACUGACUUGGCGGGAAAGGGAAUGCACCGGAUCACAUUUUGGUUUGUUUGUCUGUUUCUAAUUAUUUAACUAAAAAAAAGUAGAAUGCGGAAAUUUGGGCAAACCUUCCGAUGAACAGAGAAAAUAGAAAGUUGUUAAAAUGGAAGAAGGAUAGAUUGCAAAAUGCAUUUUCAAAUCAUUUGCUUUAUUUUUCCUUCUUUUGAAUUAAAAUGGAAGGAAUUAUUGAUAAAACUAAAAAUUAAAGUUUGUAAAUGUAGUAAGGUUUAGUAAUAUAUCCUCUUUCAGGUUUUUUUUACAACAUAAUAAUUAUAAUUAUAAUAAUCAUGAUAAUAAUAAUAAUAAUAAUAAUAAUAAUAAUAAUACCUCGAAGAGGGCAAUCAGUACAAGUUCUUGGGUGUCUUAAGACGGUGACGCAAGAGGAGAGGAUGUCGCUGGAGUGCGCAGCUAAGGAGUUUCCUCGCAGAAUGUCUAUCAUCUAGUCAAGUCCCCUGUCUGAUCACAACCGAUCAAUCGAUCGAUCGAGGAGGAGUACAAAGUGACGAAGAUAAAGGGGGCAGUGAAGUUAGUUCAUAUAUAGCUCGUUAGUUAAAGAGGCAGCAAGGUGUGCAGAUGAGAAGGACCUCCAGUUGCAGCUAGAGUACCCAAAUCCAACCUACAUAAAGCAUGAUAGUAGAGAGGUGACAACUGCAGAGAAACUGAAGGCAGAGGUAAGAAUGUGUUUGCAACAGAAGACAUUGGAAGCGGUGCAUGAACAGAACUGGUAGGGGGAACUAAUCUCCGCGAGAAGUGAAGACGAGAGCCUUAAAUUCGAGGGCUGUUUCUGGUGGCUAAGCGGUUGGAAACAAUGCCCAACACAUACAGUGGCGGGGAUGUUUGAGUUCUACGAACAGUUAUUACCUACGAGGCUGUAUGCAUGCCAGAAACGCAUACGGAUACGACGGGUGAGGUGAUGUGAAGGCUAUGUAAUAAGGCUCCUGAAAGUGUCGUCCAUGUCCUGGCUGGUUGUACUGCCCUUGCACAGAUCAAGUAUGUUACCCGACAUAACGCAGCCCUGACUUCAAGAUACUUUUCUUCGAGGUUCUGCAAGAGUUAGGCCUUGUAGACUCAGUGCCACCUUGGUGCUCGCCACUAAAACCGAAGCCAGUGUACGAGGCGAACAAUAGGCAAGCAUUCUGGGAUGUCCCUCUAUUUGGGGAGCACCAAGAAGUUAGAGCCAACAGAGUAGAUCCUCGCAUUAUCAACCAGGAGUCAAAGCGAGUUAUCACGCCUGAGCUGAGGUGCCCAUGGGUUACAAACCGGGAGAAAAAGGAGGAGGAGAAAACCACGCGGAAAUACGGACCGCACUGUUGGGAAUUGAAGAAGUACUGAGGAUAUGAAGUGAAGCAAUAUAAUAUCACAAUGGACGUACUAGGGGGAUGGUGCCGAGACUUAGAAGUCAAACUGAAGGAGUUGGUCGGAGGAAAGAGUAAUGGAGUUCUUCAUGACAUGCAGAAGGCUGUACUUUCGGGAACACUAAACAUCGCUCGGACGUAUAAAGUUGCAACAUGAACAUUGAAUAUCGCAUGCAUUCGAAUUUAUUGGCUGUGUUCCUUCAACAGCUUUUAGACUUUUAAAGCUAUGAAGUAAUCGUCGAUGAAUUUUUACAGCCGAAUAAGUGAUAUGUUUGAGAGUUUUUUAUUAAUGGUGCUAAAUUUAUAUAUAUUUUUAAAUGUUAAAUUUAUUUUUUUAUUGCAAGUUUUUACUAUAGUCAACGGGCUACGCUCACGCGCCUCGUCAUACUAUUUUAACUGUAUAUAGCAUGCAAAAGUUUUAACUGCUGCAUAACGAUCUGCCGAAGUGUGCGCGGACCGCUUUAAACAUUAUACAGAAGGGUUUUUUAAUAUCUCUGGUCGACUCUGGAGUCGACUUAAAAAUUAAAACAAUGACGAAAUGAUUGAUUUUCUUUAGUUAUCACCGCUUAGAAAUAUGCAGUCUGGAAAUUUUUAACUUGCUCGCGCGAAAACUCUUUAUAAUAGAGAGUAAGACAAAGGAAAAUGCCCUCAGACGGGCUACCAGCACGCGCACGAUGUGGCGGGUUUUCAAGCUAACUAUGUUUGUUUCGUUUUAGUUGGCAUAUAACUUUUGUAGAUAAGGUCUUAAUGAGGGGAAGGAGAUUUUACCCAUAGUUAUACCUGUAGUGGAAUCUGCUGGAAUUGAUCUGCAGCUAAAUAGAAAAAUUUUAAAAAGUGAGAUUGGUCGCAGUGUGCACGGGCCAUAACUAACUGAAUGAUGUCGUUUACUUUAUUCUAAUUAUAACUUGUGGCAUCUUUUUCGACUCUGUAAAAAUAAACAGUUUGUGGUUGUGUUUAAUUUAAUUUUGUUAACCAUGUUAACAAAAUCCGCAAAAUUCUAUUAUUUUAUAUUUAGAUUAACAACAAACCUUCCUUGGAAAAUAUUGCAAAUAAAGCUUUCGGCGAGAUCGUUCUGAAGCUUAGAAAACACCGAAGUCUAAUAAUGCACCAUGAAGAAACAUACUUAUAGAGAAAGUGUGAAAAAUAUGAAGUGCAGUAAAACAUAAUAACAAAAUACCACUAAUAUAGAAGAAUGGAGAAUUCUAUAGGCAGCGUCAAGGAUGAACUUUGGAAUCCAAUUUUUUUUUUUUGGAAAAAAUUAAUGAAUAAAGUCCCCCAACCAAACGCAUCCAAAGACUCUUAAAAGAAUCAUGGUUAACAGGAAGACAGAAUUCAGUUUUAAAAAUGGACGAAAUUGUAUUUUAAGAUCAGACAGUCUCUUCACAGGUUAUUAAAGUUAUCUUAUUAACAUUAUUUUUAGAUGCUUCUACCAUAACAUAAACAUAUUCAAUACGAUCUAGACGUUUCGUUUUUUAAAAAAAGGUGGCACAAAUUGUGCAAAACUAUACGCCUGUUUAAAAUUCUGUGGCCGGGGACUGUGUUUACGAAAAUUUUAAAGUAAUUUGUGUUCUGUCCCCACUGUUUGUCUAUUUGUAUUUCUUCAUCAUCAGCUGGAUCCAACAUGUUAAGGUGGAUGGACGGGGAACUCCUAGGGACGUCAUGAAGUCUUUGUGCUGAGGACUGAAUUUAAAUCGUGUUUUAAGCGAUACCAAAAUUGCGAGGAUUUUGAUAAAAUAGGGUGGUACGAUAACAAACAAAUCUUUAUUGUUUAUAACUGGACUAAUAAGAUGGGCUGAUACAGGAAAUAUAGCCUUACAAUUAUAAGUCGCUUAGCUUUACGGUCAAUUAAUACGUUCAGUUGGUGCAAGAGAACUAGACGGUCAAUUAAUUACGUUCAGUUGGUGCAAGAAAAAAAAUUCUUGACGGGUCAUUCUCUAGCCCUUUUCAAAGACAUCAAAUUCGCGUGUAUUUGAUAUUUUGUGAGAUACCUUCCCUACUUACUUCUCUAAUGUCUCUGGACGUCUUUAACUGAGGUUUUGGGUUUAAUAUUAUGUCUGCACAGGGUUUUCCUGAUUAUCAAAGUUUCGAGAGGUUCUUUUCGAUUCGCAUGGUACUUUAAAGUCUGCUAGCGCAAAACAAAGACAGAAUCGCUAGAAAAAAGAUUAAUAUAGACAAAAAUAAUUUGCUUUUUCUUUAUGUUGACGUCGCUGAGUCGACAUCAAAAAGACGAACACAGCUACAAUUGCAAAAAGAUUCAAAGAGACAAAUAUUCUCUGCAAUCGUAAGAAUUAGGCUCAUGAUAAUAAGACAUAAACAAGUUGGACGGAGCAAAGGUUACUUAACGGGCGAUUCUCUAGCCUCUUAACCAUAAGAACGAGUCGAUUAAAAAAUCGCCCGUAUUAUCUUAUCAAUAAGGAAUAUCCUACUAAUCUUUCCUCUAGGCGUCUUUAGUGAUGCAGGUUAGGGGAACAUUUGCACACGUUUUCUGUACACUUGUACAAGUUUUUGCGCGUCACUAUGGCAAAGUGCACGAUUUUUAACUACUGAAUCGCAAACAUGGUAAAGAUUGAAGAUAUCCACCUUUUUUAAAGGUUAAUACAGAAGUGCUUAGAAAAAAAGGGGUAUAGCAACAUUGGUGCGAGGAAAGAUUAAAGAGACGAAUCGCCCGUCAAGUGACUUGACGGGCGAUUCGUCCCAAUAAUCUUGCUAAUACCCUACUUAUCUUUGCUAUGAGUGUAUAUUGAAGGCUGAGGGUCGAUGAACUUAAUACUUGCAUUUUGCAUGCCCUUGUAAGUUUCCACGUCAUCAUUCUGGAUGUGUUUACCAUAAAAGCUGCAAAUUGUCGCAAAUUGACGGUAAAAGUUGCGAAAACUGGAAAAAAUAGACGACCAUCAUGAUUUUUUAACGGAUUAAAAGUUAGAAUUUCCUUUACAAUUUUAAGAAUUACGCCUAACAGAAGACAGAUAUGUCAUGUCAACAAACGUGAUCAACUGGGAAAUAUCAUUAUAUAGAAUUUCUAAGAUUUAGAAAUAAUUUGACAGUAAUAUAAUGCCACAGUUGCAGGUUUUAAAGUCUUGAGAUAAAAAUUUCAAACGGUGCACUUGUGCGUUGUUGGAUACUACACCUUAUAUUUCAUAUUCAGUUCUUCUACUCCCGGAUAAUGAAUUUGUCCAUUUCUUUCAGCUCAGUUCUUUACGGGGUUGCUCUGUUUAGUUUCGCAACGUUCUGCGCAUGCAACGUCUUGAAGACAACGCCUCGAGGUGAGUGUGGAUAUAACCAUAAUGAACAUGCAAAUUAUCAAAUCAGUAAUAGUACUUCUGAGGUACUUCUCAUGAUGUAAUUCAUUUAGUCAGUCACAUUCUGAGUGUUUGUUAUCAUCAUAAUGAAAAUGCAAAUUAUAAAAUCGUUCAAAGCACUUCUGAAGUACCGCUGAUGAAGUACUCUUAAUUUGAACGGUCACACUCCAAGAUUUUAUCAUCAGGGACGGCCUUGUACUGCAUACGAAACCACUGGUUCCGGUUGUUCAAAGGUUGGAUAGCCCUAUCCAACGGAUAAAUAUUAGGGAAAGCAAUUGCGAUAUUCACUGGAUAGAGAUUUAUCCCGAAGAGAGCAUUAUCUACCUUUCGAACAACUUCGUAAUGGUCACAUGAUGCACGAGAUUUCCUUUACAGAUUCAAAAGCUAGCAGAAAUUUGUACAACAAAAAGAGUUGCACUGUUAGACGUAAUCCACAUUUGUAGAUUUUUUCCACAUGCGGUGUAUGAUGGCAUAUAUGAUAAAAAAAACAUCACUGAUAAGGAAGAAUAACUGAAGCCACGUAAAAGUAGCUACUAAGUUAGAAUCACAUAAUGUACAUGUACACCAGCAGCAUAAAAAAAACAGCGAAAAAGACCAUAGAAAACGCACUCCUUAAUAGUUUUGACCUUAUUCAAAGGCCUGCACAUUUUUAGAUUAUAAUUAGAUACCUGUAGAAUUAAGAAGGUUAACACCUUCUAGUCAUCACGGAUCAAGAAGUUGGGCAAAUCUUUCUAUUGUGUGGAUCGUUGUGUGCCAGUGAGAAUCUGCAGAGACCCUUAUUACCUGUUAUUACCAUGUAUGAGACUGGACAGUAAACUGAGCACCUAUCCAGAACUGACUUAACCCUUAUUCUCACUCUCACGUUUGUAUAAAUUACUCUACUUCGCCUCACACGAGUUCAUGCCCAAAUAAAAGGGAUACAGGCUAUUUAAGGAUCAGUUCCUUGCUAACUUAAGAAAAUGAAAAAGAAUCGUGAACAAGAAAUUGCCAUGCGGUGACGACACUGGGUGAAAAUGAAACGAAUGGCGUUGAUUAGAACAAGGAUAUCUUUUUAUAAAAUUUGUUCAAAUUCUUCCAAAACUUAUUCUAUUUUUAGCCAGACAUUCCCAGGCACGAAAUUAUUCAAUUCUUUUGCAAGUUGUUUUAUCGUAUUUUUCUCAAUCUGUACAAUCAUCCAUUGCAUUGUAAUGAAACCUAAACUUCAUUUUACUGGGCUUUUUCUGGUGGAUGAGGGUCUCAAGCCUUGAAAUUACUAAUCGGAACUAAGCUUGCAUCCAUUUUAGGAUCCCAGGUCAGGUUUUAAAUUUAGACUGAUACUGGAUUUAUUUUGAAAAUAAAGGAGGACAUUUUGGGCAAAUGGCCACGCGCGUGACUCGCGGCUUCGCCGCUAAGUUAGAUCUUUGCAGAAUUUUCAUUACAAUUCGCAAACAACAAUGUAAUGGCUAAACUGAACCGUUAAAAGUUGAAUCGUUCCCUUACCUGAGAAGAAAAGUAGAGCUUUGUUUUUUUUUUUUUUUUUAACUCACCAAGUUUACAGCUAAAAAGGUUUGUUGUAUCGUUCUUCGCAUUAAGUGCUAACAUGGCGGCUCGGUUGCUCGAGGUGAGGCGUCGUUUCCCUGUAGUAUUGUUUGUCCUAUUUACAUGUAUGUACUUGAAACGUAGAAUUUCUGCAAACAUUCUUUUUCAUUUUUGUUUGUUUUAAAUAAACUUUGGGCAAAAUUUUUCCUGUUAGGAAACGCUGAGUUCACAAAACGGCCUCUUGUACGCGAUUAUAGAACGGGAGUUGUAAGCAUUCCAUCGAGAAAAAAAUUCAGCUACAGUCGAAUAGAAAAAAACGCCGUUUUGAAUCCGUCGAAGUCUUUUCUUGCCUUAAAAAAAGUUAACCUUGGAGUUUUAUCGACUUUUGAAAGGUCGUCAGUCUCUAAAAAAAUGGGAAAAACACCGAGCUCACACAUUAUCCACUGGCUCGAAGGUAAACGACUGUUGAAUAGACAGAGAUAGCGAAACAAUCAGAUUGCUUAACUCACGAAGAUCACUGAAAUUGUAUGUUAAAUAUAUAUAUCCGCUCAAGAGAUAAAACGGACUUUCGCAUAAGUUGUUUUUCAGUAACAACGUAAAUAAACUUGGAAUAGGUUCCACGAACAUUGACCGCUAAGAAUCCGGGGUAAUACGAUCAGAACUUCAAGAGUUUUCUUUGGUAGUAAAAAUAGGAAUCUCACAUUUUCACUGCAUUUUGAAUUAAGGACUGAAUUUUAAAAACAAAUGCAUUGGCUUGCACGCUACAAAAGAAAAAGUGCUAAAAAAAGUAUUUAACCCAUUUGAAUUUUAAGAAUAAAUUUUUAAAAAAUCAAAAAUACGUACCCUUACGACCAAAUUUAACAGAAAAUACCAUGUGGUUUCAGUGGGCUGUAACCCAUUUUAUUAUUCACUUUCGAUUCUUAAUUACUUGCUACCUAAACUGGUUCAAAUAAUUUAAGGCACUCUAUUUUUGAGAGGACGGCUGGUUGUUUUUUACAACUGAAAGGUUUUUUACUGGCACAAUUUUUAGUUCUUCUUCAAAAGACGUGAAACGAUUUUUUUCUUUUGUUUUUCGGUAAGUUGUCCACCUUGAUCAGGAACACAAGAUGGUCCUUUACGUUAAUAAAUGAAUAACCUAUUAUCACCCUAAGGAAAUCCCGUACAUUUUGAUUUGGUGUCAUUCAUUUUCCUUCAGUAAUAUUAGAUAACGUUUAUCAGGCUAAUUGACCAUUGAUGACGAGGAUUAAUUUUUCAGGCUUGCACGAUAAAGGAACUUAGUCACGUUGCUAAGCGGUAAUUACGAGAUUAUUCAACUAUUAGAUUUGAUUAAUUAUGUGACAGUGUUUGUUACGGAUGUCGCAAAGCCAAAAAGAAUUCCAUUCUCCACAAGUAAAUGUUCUUUGGAAGUAGGUGAGAUAAUCUGGCAUUAACUGAAAUAUUAUCCUCAUAUCCUUUGAUGAACACAUCUGAAUAUAUCUGCUGCACAACGGUCACGCACUUCUUAUAAGCGGUUGCUUUCUACUGACCUCUUAGCCUACGUGGCAGGCGUUCGAAAGGGAAGGGGAAGGGAAUUGAGAGCUUCCCUGUUCCCCUUCUCCUUUUAACGCCUGCCACGCGGGCUACUGACCUCUUCACCCUUCGCCGCGUCAUCAUGGUAAGCACCCGGCGCCGACGAGGGUGUGACAGGAACCGAAACAAAUUUGGUUGCCGGCAAGUAAAGGGAAAGAACGGUCGACUCCUAAUCCUGGAUUAACACACUAAAGGUCACUAAACCCUGAUUAAGAGUCAGACAAGUAACUUUAAAACAUAUUUUCACCGUAGUGGUGUGUUGAUACGCAGAUUAUUUAAUCGUGGAGAUGAAUAGUUGGUAUGUAGCUGAUGUAAUCAUGGUACGAGUGGAAUAUUUUGUCACUGUUAAGAGUUUAUUUGAAAGCAUCUCUGUUUGUUGAUCUUGUGACUUCAUGCAUUCUAUUGAAUCUGCAUUUUACUACACUCAAAUUUUAAAUUUUAGAAUGUUGUUUCUUUCCGGCCCAGGCUGAAUAUUGCUAUUUUCCUGCCGUUUUUAGGCUGAAAAUAAUCUUGUAUUAUCUUUAAAAAUGUAAAGAAUUUAUCAUGAUACUCUUUACGGUUUUGUUCAGUUCUUUUGUACUGUACAAAGGUUAGUACGUACGUAAUAUACCGUUCAUCGAACUGUCAUUAGCAUUGAACAUUUGGUCAUGGCUAGCGCGUAUUCUUUUAAUUUGUUUGCUAGUUUUGCUUUUUAGAGAAAGGAAAAAUUUUAAACGGUUAAAGUUAAAAACGUAUCAUUGUACGGUACACAUGUAUCGUACUUUUGUAUUUACAGAUUUUCAACACACAAAAUUUUAACCUUUUCAAAAUGUCAGCCUUCGGCUUAUUCAUUCUUAAAAUAUUCUUAAAAUUUCGCAAUAAAAUAAUAUUCUUAUCAAACAUAUCUUAUAAAAUGAAAAGAGUGGUCCCAUUUCUCUAAUUAUCUGAUUUAGUGUUAUAUUUCAAAUAAAGAUAAUUAACUUGCACGAGAUUUCCUCGGCAAAACGAAAUUACUGCCGAUUGUAAAUAUUGCAGAGGGGCAUUGAAUAUAAAAUUGACCCCGGCUUGUACUACAAAACAGUAGUAAACAGAUACAAAACAGAUAGGUUUGUUCACUUUUUUUGUAGUCGUCACCGAUACGCCGAAGCAAUGCUCUUUUAAAGAUGUCAAGAAAGAUGUGGGAGAAAAUUGGAAUCCAUUUCUGAGGCCACAAGGAUACUUUCGCUGCAUCAGGUGUACUUGCAAAUUGGUAAGUACGUCAUUGAUUCUUUCGUCCAUCCCAUUUUUGUUUUCUAGCUGACCGAUUUUCAUGUGCAUUAGCAAAAACCCUGAUUCAAUUGACUAUUUUCCAAUUCCCCAUAAUACACUCUGUUUGCCCCCCAAAUUUUGCAUAAACCAUUGUUUUUAAAUGCUCUUGGGAAAAUGCAAUACUCCCAGGAGCAUUUAAAAACAAUGGUUUAUGCAAAAUUUGGGGGGCAAACAGAGUGUAUUAUGGGGAAUUGGAAAAUAGAGAAUGGGCUUAUUUCUUUGGGACCUGUGAUUCAUCUUCUUAUUGUCUCGGAGUGUCAAUGAAGCUUUUCAUUUAUUUUCUGAAAAUUAAGCCACAUCAUGCAACUUUAUCCUUAUUUCUGAUUUGCAUAUAUUUUUUUUUUCGAUAAUUGGCUACUGUCCACAUGCAUCCAAUGGUCACUGGAACCCACGUUAUUUGAAAACGCUCUUCAGACUAGAAAUAUUUAAAAAACACCGAUUUCACAUAGCCCAGGGUUCGCACUGAAUACGCCAGAUUUGGCGUAUUUUACGCCAAAAUUGUUCAGAUGACUCCACUGAGGUUACGGAGGGAGUCACUUCGACUCCAGAAAUUUUCGGUAACAAACACAGUUUUGUCCUUACCUUUUUCGCAACAAAUACAAUUUACGUUACGAGUAAACGUUGUAAACCUUACUUAAAUCAAAUACUCAGAAGCACACUUUGAAUUUCCUUUUUGAUUGAAGGUUGCGGUAGUUCCCUCAAAGAACAUGGUAUCUCAUUCCAGAGUUUUGUGCCUAUUUUUGAAAAAGCUUUUUUUUUGUAUUUCAAGCCUUGAUCGUUUUACGUAAAAAUUUGUUUGAGGCAGCGGACCGAGUGUUGUAUGAAUGAAUACUGGACGUAUUCGUAAAUAAAUGACAUAAUUUAGGCGGUGCUGAGACAUUUCUAACGUCGUGCAUCAAUUCAGAUAAGCGUUUAUAAUAUAAAAAUUUUAACGUUAACGGGUUAGCGUCAAUAAACAGAGGAAUAGUAUGUUCGUUUUUCUUCGCAAAGUACAUAAAGCGUAGUUCACGUUUUUGUAAAAUUAACAGUUUGUCUAGAUACGAUUUACAGGCCUGGCCCCAAACAGGUAGUCCGUAUGUUAAAAUAGGGAAUAAUUAAUGGCUGAUAAAUAUCCAGGAGUGUACCAAAAGGUACCAAGUGCCCUAGUUUUGCAAGUAUACCUCUGCUGUUUUGCUGGUUUUUUUAAGUAAUAUGCAGUCAAUAUGGUUUUUACGAGAAAGGUUACAACCAAUCAACAAUCCGAGAUAUUUUACAAAGUCUUUACAAUCCAGUUGGACUUUCUUAUUUCUUUCGUUGUCGAAUAUGCUUAUUUUAGGCUGAAAUGUUAGUUUCCUUUGAAAGGGACGGAAAAUAACAAAAUUUGAUAUUUUUUGGUUGAGUGUUAAUUUGUUUGAAGUUAGCCAGACGUACAGUUUAUGCAGUCCAGUAUUAAGGACUUGUUCUAAUGACUGAAGAUUUUUAUCGGCAUAUAAUAUAUUUGUAUCAUCAGCUAAAAGAUAAAAUUUAGUUUAUUUGAGCAGUUACAAAUAUCAUUAAUGUGCAAGUCAAUAAAAACAAUCACGGGCCUAAUACAGAUCCUUGCGGAACCACAGAAUGUGCCAGUUCUCCUUUCCGGACUCUCCUACCCGGCUAUUAAUUCCUUGGGAAAGGCUGGCAUACAGGUGCCGUUUUUCUCCAUAAGUAAAAAUUUGGCUUUAUCGACGUCAAACUACCGAUCAAAGUAAAUCUAAAAAAGCUGAACGUUACCCCUUCGUCCGAACGAAUCAAUAGAUUUUAGACUUGUGGUCGUCGAAUUAAAUUCCUUGUUACGGCUUUCUUAUAACUACGUUUUUUAUCUCUCUAGGCAAAAGACGGCUCACUCGCGAUAAUAGAUUGCACACGCUGCGUGAAGUUGACAAAAGAAGGUUUGUAAACGUCGGUUCUAAUUUAGGAGUAGGACCAGAUAAAAACGUUUGAGUGAUUAGCUUAUUGCCUGCUGAUAUUUAAGGUUGUGGAACUAACAGUUGAUUGCUGUAGGUUUACGAUUUUAAGUCUAACAUUUGCAUCUAAAGAGUUCAGAGUCACCUCAAAUAUGCGAAUAAUUAAGAUGGCUCUAAAUGCUUUCGGUAGAAAAUUUUUAGAAGAGAAAUUCCAAACAAUGCUAAUGCAAACGUUGGAGGGAUAACAAAGAAUAUAAUAGUCUAUAUUUCUUUUAUGGGUUGUAAGAGUUAAAAAGUGAAUUUAAUGGUGGUUUAUCGUGUUUUAACGUUGCUUUGGUAACUCGUAACAUAAAAGGAAACAUACCCUAAUAAACGUGUUCGUAAAAAUAAUUAUUGUUUAAAUUUUGUACAUUAGAACAGGCUUAAUUAAAAAAUCUAUUUAGUAUUUAUCAAUCCAUUAUUGUUGAAGUCUUCAGAAAAUGCUCAAACUUUUAUGAGCCACCCUUAUUACCGAUCUCGUUCUAGGGCAACAUCCUGAAGAAGGAAAAAAGAAUUGUAAAAGUGAGAAUGUAACCCGAAAACAUGGCACAGUAUGGGCAGUGGCUGCUAUGGGAUCCGUGCCUUUACGUAAAAACCAGUGUACGGAAUGUAGCUGCACGGUAAGAUAUUUUAAAAUAACGUUCAUCAAUGACCACUUGGUUUUGUUACAAAUAUCCCCAACUGUAUGAAAAUUAAAUAAAUUCAUUUGGUGGCAUGGAAGUUGAACCGAAAUAAAUUUUCUUUGCCUAAGUUUGUUGGGAUUCCGAUUGCGCACAUGUUUCUUCUUCCUCGUUCCAUAAGCUCUUGCCACGCAAGCUAAUAAAGUCGAAUCUACUAAAAAAAACUAACAUUUUUUUCUUCCAACUGAAAACAAAAGACCAAGGAAUUUGCAACAAGGAUUUCACUUAAAACCAGUCUUAUUUGUGUUGUAGGAUGGGUUUGUCACGUGCUCAGUCAGAUCGUGCCCUGUUCUGUCAUGCAAAAAACAACGGAAUGGAACACACUCGUGCUGUCCUGUUUGCGAAGGUAAGAACUGUAAAAUUUCCAAAAAAAGUUCGAAAGUAUUCAAUUAUUUUUUUAUAAGUUUUUGACGGUGAUACAAACAAUUGUAACGUGUCGUAAACAAAGUUAGGAUGCACCUAGUACAGAGUCAAAAGAAGUAGCACUUACACAUAUAAAGCCCCGUGCAAACUGGCGCAACAUCAGACAUUUUGCUGGCCACCAACUCCCAACAUAGUUGGAUGUUACAUGUUGCUUUCUUUUUCACACCCCGGUGCAUGUUGUUGCGUUUUGUUGGGAGAUGUUGCGCAGAUUUUGAGACCGGUCAAACAUUUAGCCACUUGCAGACGGACGCAACAACUCUCAUGAUUGUUGGGCCAGCAAUGUUGGGAGUUGUUGCGUCCCUUUACACGUAGCUUAACACACACUUAACGAGAUGCUGAAUUCUUGAAUUAUUAAUAUCUGCUUUAAUUUAAUUCUAGGGGAUUUACAAACAACACGCGAUCCAGCAGGUAGGUAUAAGACGCACCAAUUUCAUUCACGACAAUAAGUAUUGCUAGUCUUAAUGACAUUUUAUUUUCUCUUUUCCGUAGGUUGCAAAACUAUGGGUAGAUACUAUGGAAAUUUGGAAAAGUGGUUUCCCUUAUUAUCUCCAAAAAACGACUUAUGUGUAAGCUGCGUUUGCAAGGUACAAUAUUUUGUAAACACUUUUAUUAUUAUUAUUAUUAUUAUUAUUAUUAUUAUUAUUAUUAUUAUUAUUAUUAUUAUUAUUACAAGUGAUACCGGUCGAAGAAAAUUAUAAUUAUUUUACAGUAUCUAAAGCCUCGAGUUUAAACCUUAAAGUAAUUUGAUCAAAAAGGGUUAGCUUUUUCAUCUUUCUUCGGUGCCGCAUAUUUAUGCGACGAAGUCACGGUUCGAGGUUGUCCGCUAUAGUGAGAAGUGAUUCCAUUUGCUGUUAUUGAAACGGAUGGAUGAAAAUUGAUCGCUCUUUUUAAUAUAUGUUGUACUUAAUUUUUUAUCUCAGGUAAUUUUUGUUUUUCUUUUGUUUUUUGGUAUGGUAAUGUAUGCUAACGAAUUUGAAACAAUGGAAAAAUAAAAAUUACCUAAGAUAAAAAAUUAACCACAACAUAUACAAAUCAUGUCCAGUGACAUACAAAUCAUGUAAAAUAGAUAGUAAAAUCAACUACUACAGCUGAUUCUUAAGUCGUGGCGCAAACCGAUUAAUUAAAUGGAUUUACCAAGAGAGAUACUAAUUGCUCUUACUGAAAAGAAAACAACAACUUAAUAACAGCCUGCAAACCAUUAAGCUGAAACUAACGUCAUGUUAGGCCCCUUUCAAACGUGGAAUUUCUUAUGAGUGUUUUAGUCGAUGAAAGAAUAUAUUAAUUAAAUACGGCAGUUGAUUCAGACGUCGGAUAUGAUGGUGCCGAAUUUAACUCCGUUUAUUGUUAAUAUUCCCAGUCUUCAGAAAAUUUUUUUUAUCCAAUAUUGAUGAGGGUUUCUACAAUUAAUGCAUUAUAUUCGGCACAUGUGAAAUGCGACUUCUAAGUAAAAUGUUGAACCUAAGUCGAAUUUUCCACUUAGCAGAUUCGACAAAGUCGUAGCAGUUUAAUUUGAAACUAUCGAAUUUAGUUGAUUCAGACGUCCAAUCCAAAGCAGUUACCUCGAAUUAAAAUAGGCAUGCCUUGACUCCAACCACUUUCUUGCCUCCCUGAUAACAGUGUCCAGUAUUACAAAAAGUACCGGAAGAUACGAUAUGCGAUACGUACCGCAUUUUUUAUAUUCUUGUAAAUCCGGCUUUCAAUUUUACCACAUUAUGUACUAGCUAUAUGCACCACACAGGUAAAAAAGAAAGUAAGCAAGAGAUUUAAAAAAAAAAAGAAAAAAUAUACGGUUACGAAAAAUUUCCUUCAAGGGGAUUCGAACUCGGAUCCUCAGAAUCGGUUAGAACUAAAACAGGGUUCGUACAGGUCAUGGAAACCUGGAAGGUCAUGGAAUUUAAGAAUUUCCUUUUUCCAGGCCUGGAAAGUCAUUGAAUUUAAUUAUCGGUCCUUGAAAGUCAUGGAAAAUUAAAGUUUUGUUUUGUGGUUUAGUUACUGAGAUGACAAAGCAAGGACAAUGUAAGAUAGUCAGAAGUAAUCAAAAAGCGCAAACGCCACGCAUUUUGGUGAACACCAGAGUUUGUUUCUGUUGAACUGUUUAAGGUCAAAAAAUACCCCAAAACAAGGAAAAUUUUGAAACUUUUUGAAAGUGACCACUAAACCAGAGGUCUUGAAAGACUUGAAAAAGUCAUGGGAGGCCAUGGAAUUUGAAGAGCGCAAAAGAGUACGAACUCUGUACAAGUUAACGCCUCUAUCCACUGGACCACUUCGGUAAACGCUGACAAUUUAAGUUUAAAAGAGGUAUAUAUUCCUUCUCUAUGGUGAUUGACAUUUCAGUGUAGAAUUGAAUCUUUAACUGAUCGAAGCUAGAAGUAAAACUCACAAUAUAUCCAUUAAUAUUCUUUCAGGCUUAGUCCAUGCCGGGAAACGUUUAAGAAAUUUAUGAACUAUCGAUAGCGCGGCUACUGACUGAACCGUAUGACCGUACCAUUCUCUCCCUGCUCGUAAGGUGUCUUUUCAUCGAUCGGGGAAAACAUUAACACAACAUUGUUCAUUAUUAUUUCCAUUGUUCUAGGUUAGGGUAGCAAACCAUUUGGCUUUCAUUAGGGUUAAAAGAGCUGCUAAAUGACCUCUUUCCCCGGAAUGAAGAAAAACAAUGUGGCCGCCGAACACAUCCUUUAGUUUUUAAAGUUCUCCUUUAUUAACAAACGUUGAACAUAUAUUUCGGCAAACAAACAGUUAAGUUGAAAAAGGAUUUUACAAAAAUCUCAAGAGUGGGUUUCCUGUUCGAUUUUAACGGCAAUAUCGGGCAAUUUACGCAACUUUUAAACUUCUGCAUCAGUUUUCGUUUGGUUCUGCUUUGAAAACGGAAUAAUGAUUACUCAGAGACAAUACUAUACAAGAAUUAUUGAGAAAAACAGCAAAAACUUGCCAAUUUAUGCCAAAAAAAGGUACUUUAAAAACGGAAGAAAACAUUCAAAACGCUUUGAUCACGUGAUUGAAGACGUCGUGCCCCUCUUUUGGUCAUGAAAAAAAUUAUCAGGUAACACAUUACUUUCCCGCAAAUUUUCUCUGCCUUCUGAUAAAGGUUGACUCUCUACAGCCCUCGGCCUAAUCUCCCGACCGUUUUGCUCAAGUUCAUGAGCCCGUUAAAUUUUAAAUGCCGGACGUCAACGGGUUAUUUUUAAAUGCCCCACACAACAAAAAACGUCAAACGUGCUAUUUGUUUUUAACUCGUUAAUAAAAUCUUGUCACAGCAACAAAAAAACCUAAUUCGGAAAUAGUCACGUGACUGACGACGUCAUUACCUUAGAUGUAACAUGGGAAGAUAUUUUAUGGCAAAUGUUUUAUUGUUGUGGUCUGACAGUCUUCUACGUAUAAAACUGACAAAGUUAUAAAGCUUUGUAAAAAAUUGCCUCAAAGAAGUUUACAUUUUCCUCAUUAACAUAUGCUUAUCAUAAGCUGAUGAAACUCGUUAAAUAGAAUCUCUGAAUAUUGAAAGAGCAGAACACUUUCAGUUAUCAUUGAAAUUUUGAACCCGAUAUACCGUUUCGGAGAAAUUCUCUUUGAAAAAGCCCCAAACCAAGAUUGAAAAGAUUGUAUAAGCUCAUUACCGUUUUUGCCACCGAGCAAUUUCGCAGUUUUUGAUUCCUAGUUCCUUUGUCGGCGACGUCUUGUUGAGGUGGCUCAAUACAGUUUUCCAAGGGCAAUACCUCCCAAGUUUGAGCAUAAACAACGUCGCUAUAAACAAGUGUUGACCCAUCGAGGUCGAGUAUUUUUUUGAAGUUAUCCGCUGAUUAAUUACCAGUUUGAAAUGAUCGCAGGCUCAAGUUUAUUUUUUCCAAGGAUUCAUAUCAAAUAUGUUGUGUUUAUGUCACUAUGGCCCCGCACUAUUAGAAUUUUGAUUUCAAACUGACUUCGGAAGCGAAAAUUCAGCCAGUUUUUUUAAAAGUACAGGCGGGGAAGACCUUAUCUUACCAUGGUCACGCGUUGGUCACGCUCUACGUCCAAUUUUUAUACUCUGAUUGGUCAAAAUUUGACAGGUGAGUUCAUGCGAAAAAAUUAUGCAGCAUCUUGAAAAUUGUUUACUUUGACAGCUGAAGCUGAAGAGUUUUGUGUCAACUUGUGAUGUUUUUAACUGUCUUUUUCUUCUGGAUGUACAAAAUGAAAUACAGCUGCUAUCAAGAGUCUUCUGUUAUUCAUGGCUGGUUUGUUUACUGGGUUUUUGGUUGAGGAACGCGUCGCUUGUCAAAAUUUGGUAAUUCGAUUUCGGAUGGCAUCGUUUUCGUUUUUCACCUUGCUUAAUGCUUAAGAGGGUUUAAAAGUCUCAAGCAACUGUGGCCUUCCUUGAUAGCUUUCAGGAACUGAAUCUCGAAUGGUAAGCCUGAGUAACUAUUGUAUUUGAUGUUUGUUUUUGUUAUAUCUAAUUUCAUGAAGUCUUGCACAUUCACGCUGACAGUUUAUGCGGCAAGUUUAUGCACGUUUGUAGCCGUAGUUUGAGUCAAUGAUCUGACCUAGUAUCAGGUUUGAACGGUUUGAUAUAAGCUUACAGAACUUUAAAAAGCCUUCAGAUAUAUUUGCUCACCACAGAUAGAAAGAAAACGUUCCGAAGAAUAUUUAGUUAUAAAUUUGGCUGUAGAAAGAAAACUUUGAGCGAUUUUCUUGCUUCGAGGAGUUCACCUUGGAAAACAGUAAACACCCGCGCCGGGAAGCCGGCUUAUAAAGCUUCACGCCGAGACUCAGGAUUUUUAGAGACACUUUAAUACUUGUCUUCAUGAAUGAAAAUUGUUAUCUCUGUAAAUGUUUCACCGAAUUAUAUUUCUUUUUUUGAUUGUUAGUAGUCUCUCUUGCAAUUUUAAUCGCUUGUCUGUGCCGUUUGUUUUCAUCGUUCAUGAACAUCGCUUGCAGGAGUACUCAAAAAUGUCGCGCGUAUCAAACGCUUUAUAAGAUUACACAUCGUUAUAACUGAAACCAUUAAAUAACAAAAAAAAUAAUAAUAAAUUCGCUAUUAUGUUGAAGCUUAACUCUAUUAAAGUUCAUUCAAACACUCGACCACACUGACAGCUCGCACUAUAGAAACGAGAACCGGCUGCCCAUAUGGGUGAUUUUGGAAAUUUUUGAACGGUUUCGCUUUACGAUUGAUCGUCCUGAAUAUUGACUGAGUGCAAUUUGUCUUGAAAAAUUGUGAAAUACUGCAUUCUGUCCGAGGUCUGUAUGAUAAAUAGUACUGUUUCACCUCAAAGGUGAUGUAUAAAAAUUAUAAAAGGUUGGUUUAAACACCCCCAGAUUUGUUGGCAAGAAUUUGUAAAGUAAACCUGUCGAACGCAAAAAAAUUCGGCGUGAUUUGUUUUCCAAGAAUUUGUUUUCGAGGCCUAAUCUACUGUGAUCUUGAAUGUGAUCGAAGAUGUUUGCUAUUUUUUGGGUGUACAUAUAAGGUUAUCAAUUCGAUGUAAGAUGUUUCACUCUAAAAUAAUUUAGCCUUUCCCUCAAACGUCACAUGAAUGUGCCCUUAAGUUAAAUGAUUUGUAGAUUAAAAGUUUAUUUUUUGAUUUAAAUUAUAAUUUUAUUAAUUGGAGCUUCGCUUUUAGCCCUGGCUAAAUCUAUAUAUUACAAUUGUCGUGGCAAUUUUUCCAAAUCGUUGUUUAUGACGACGUAGUUUAUGCUCAAACUUGGGAGGUAUUGACCCUGAAAAAUGUAUCGAGCCACCUUAACUUAGAGGAAAAAUGUAAACAUUGACGUUAGCACAAGGAUUCGCUUGUGCUAAAGCUGGGCACUCUCGAGCGCUCGAUAAGGCGAUCAAGUUCAGUGAUUUAGAAUUGAGUUGGUUUAACAAUAAGAAGUUGACGAUGGGAACAUUCAGUAUUCAAUGACAUUAAUAAACGCUUAAUGUCACAGUAGUAUUUCAAAUUAAUUAGCAAUUAAUGAAUGAGGCUGAGUAGGAUAUGAAGACUUAAGCAGAUCGAGGAGGGUGUUAUCCACCGAGGCCAAACUUUAUUAUUCAUUCAAAAUAAUUCCAAGUUGAAAAACAUAACUAAAACAUGCUUACCUGCAUCGAUAUUAAGUUCAUGUUCGAUAGUGUAAGUUUAGGUUUGUCCAGCCCCGCAAAUAUUCUCCAAAUAGGAGAUGUCGCCCUACGAGUUGUCUUCUUGCUUUUUUUGCCAUGUUUUUAGCUAUUAUUUCGUCUAGUUCCAGCAGUAGUUCUUACUCUUGAAACAAGUGAAAUGUCCUCCAUUUUUUUUUCACAAGCAAAACAACUCAACCCCGUCCCCAGGUCUUCUCGUUAACGGUGCCUUAACUAGUACCGGGGUGCAUUUUUGACGUCAUUUCCUCGUUAAACACAAAAUUCUUCCAAAUUUGGUCAUCAUUAAUUGGUUAUGGUGAAUUAUGCGUGUGCUUUUAGCCAUUCAGAAUUGGGUAAAUAUUUUGAAUUAAUAAUAAUAUAAUUUAUCGUGAUUCAUGUUUCCUAUGUAAAGCUGUCUUAAAUAAUAUCGCCUACACCACUGGAAGGAAAUGGAAUUGGUUCUACUUUUCCAUCUUAGAACACUUCAGUGGUGUGUCAAAGACCUACCUGCCCGACGCUAUCCUGUGUCAGCCCUGUACGGAAACCUGGAGCCUGCUGCGACACCUGCCCAGGUAAACGACUUGUUAGCACGGGCAAAUUUUGCCCAAUAUUAAUGAUUCCGUUUUUCGCCCCAUGUGUGGGAUGUAUGCAAAUCCAAGACAGUCUUUGAUUCUGGAUUCCACGCCUUGGAUUCUAGAUUCCACGCGGUGGAUUCCGGAUUGCUGGUACUGGAUCCCAGUCUUUGUCAACGGAACUGAAUCCCAAUCGUUAUGGGAUCCGGACGGAUCCAGAUUCCGAAGCCCAGGGUUCCGGAUUCCACAAGCAAAAAUUUCCCGGAUCCCCUUACAUGGGGCGACGUUUUCCUUCAGUGUUUAUCUUCUCGUGGUUUCUAAAAAAUAUGACGGAUUACAUUUAUUUUAGCGUUAUACGCUGUAGCACUUAAUUUUGAGGCGUGAACUUUUACGUCAACUUCAUUCAAGAGUUCUCCUUUGUUGUGCAGUUGUUCAGUUUUGGGUGCUGAUGGAAAGAAAACUUCGAAUUAGUAAACAAAAACAUUUUAAGGCAGCGCUCGAAAUCUUGCCUGGUUAUCAAACUUGUAAAGUUCAGUUGCGGGUAGGACUUGACGCCAAGAUGAACACAGAAGGUAAACAGCAUGUGAUUUCUAGUGCUUGCCUGAUAACCUACUGAUUUUUUGUUUAUCUUUUUAUGUAUUGAUUUUUAUUUUUUAAUUGCCUCCUGAUUUGUUGAGGCGCUUUGGGUGCUUGCAAGGGGGAAGGGAAUUUUGCAGAUCGGUCGCACGUAAAAAGUUAUUUACCCAUGAGUACAGUGGCUAGCUUGGACGCAGCUUUCCAAGACAGUACUUGGGUAUUUAGUCAACACGAACUUUUUUAAGGCACGGAAUCUACCCAGAGUCAAGUUGCUUGAUUUUUAUGGAACAUCCCCUUUCCAUUUAAUGUUUUUCCUUUUCUUUAUUGCCAACGUUAAAUUUUCAAUUUGGAUCUGACAGGAAAAUGAAACUGAAGCUCCUGACGAAACGAAUUAGUGAAAUGCUGCUCUAACGGACUUCCUUAUUGUCGACUAAAUUUAUUGUUCAGCUGCUCAAGCUCGGUAUCUUCUGGGAUAAGGAGUCGGGCGUCUCUUUCACUCGUCUCUUUCAAGUAAUUGUAAUUCCAAUCCCGCAAAUACUUCGAUGAAAUUAAUUUGAUCUUCCAGUCGCCUUACACCCUAUUUUUCAGGACUGAAGAACAGCACUAUAUUAAAAAUUAAACGUUAACAGCUAAUAAUAAAUAAUGCACCUGAUUAAUACUAAUAACUACAAAACAAUAUAUUAUGCUGGGUUGAGUGCAAUCGCUUUGUCAUCUUUCUCCUUCUUUUCGGCGUUAAUUUAUUUCAGCCAACUCACCGACAAAGAAACCAGCUAAACGUGGCAGAAAAAUAUUUGGAGGCUUUAUUACAGAAAUCUUCCGAGGUAUGCGUUCUGCGACUCUGGUACCACACCUUAGAAGUAAGACUCAAAUUUCAGCGAUACCUUUCGAAGAUAGGCUGUUUGUGCAGAGGGUAACAUUCUGCUGUGACGCCAUCAGAGGAUUAAGACACUUGUUUAUUAAGCUAGAGACUACGUCAGAUUUAAUUGCCCUCUUGUACAAACCAAUAGUUUGUAAAAUAAUCAGAUCGUCAGUGAAAGGAGGUACAGUUUCUGAGAACAAUUCGAUGUAACGGAUCUAGCAGAAACUGAUGCGAUUGUCAUGUUAUUUGUUACGUUUUCUUUCUUUAUACAUGUACCAUGUGCUGUAGACUCUUUCACAUUUUAUGAGAAAAGAAACACAUAAAAUCGUAUCUCCGUUUUUAUUUAUAUAUCAAAAUCGUUUGAUGUUUUAAUAUUUUUUAACAUUUUUGGUUCGGAAGGAAUGAUUCCCCCACAGCCAUACAUCCACCAGGAAAUAAGUUCUUUAUUUCUGUUUUUGUCUGUUUUACAUUAUGUCGCACAAUACCCUUGCACGUUGAAGUUAAUGCUAUGUAUGCUCUAAUGCACCAGAAACAGGCACUGCUUGCUAAGCUCUUCAGUCACUUCUAUCUAACGUAAACUCUUCUAAAAUAACCAUCAUUAAAUCUUUUAACUUCUUUCAGUCCGUAAGUCUUCUAGAAAUGCUGGAUCGAUUUCCAAAUCUCGAGUGGGACGAAAAGGUAUGCAAAUCAAACUGAACUUGGGCGUGGACCUUUGUGGGAUCUAGCCUCAACUGUCAUUAUUACACGAAAAGACGAUUUAAUUUUAAACAAUCUACCAAACCAAUAGAAGCGGAUGCCAUUACCUGGGUAUUGAUUCUUGGUGCUAGUGCUGUUUAGGGGGACAAAAAGGUGACUCAAGGUGACCCGAACCUAUUUAUAUGCGUGUUGGUUAUGUUUGUGAAGCAGGAACAAUUUAACGGAAUUUCUAUAUAUGAUUUCCCUACAAAUACAAAGUAAUUUUGAUGAACAGAAGUUCCUUAAUAAUAAUCUCACCCCGCAUUCAGCAUAAAGUUAGUCCUCAUGUAGUGUAAACUGUAUUCGCUGUAGGUUUCUGAUUACUCAGUUUCUUGCAAUAAAGCUUGGGUAAGAAUACCCGUUCAGAUAGGAGAUAGUCAGCACUCUUCCUCUAUUUGUGCGUCAGCUUUCACGAAUGUGUUAGCGUAGCAUUUUAAGGUUUUAUUUGCCCAGCAUUCUCAGUGCAGCGAGUUGUAUGGUCACGAUUGACUUCAAACUUGCAGAUAUAAAACUAGAAGAGCUCUUAGGCUUAAAUGCUGAAGUAAGGGAAAAAUCUGUCGUAAGAUUUCGGAGUUAUUCACAUUUUUUGUAAAUAUGCACGGUUAAAAUAUAUAUGCUAUAUCUCAAACGUUUUUAUACUUACAAGAGAAUAAAAUAGCAUUUUCUUAACGUUCCACCGUUCUUUAUUAAGGACACCAGAAUGUAUAGAAAUCGGUUAGUAAUUCCUUCUAAAAAACCCGAUUCAAAAACAUAACCAACACGCCUAUAAAUAGGUUCGGGCCACUUUCAAUCAAACAUGUUGGUAUAGUGAAAAUACGCAGGAUUUUUAGUGAGCUAAGGAAAAUGAUUAAGCAAUGCAAUUUUGAUUGUUCUUAAAACUGCUCACUGCAUGUGAGGAAUUGUUCGAGGAACUGAGUCUAUCGGUAAGUUGUUCUACACGUGAUGUGGCGGUCAGACUCGAGUUACUGCUUAUAGUCCCAUGGAUGGUCGGCAAGUGGUAGGUACGUCCUUGUUGGCGAUAGGCGAGCGGAGUCAGCCGGGAGAUCUAAACCGUUUCAUGGAAAACGUCGUGACCCUCCAACUUCUUCAAACAAUAAAGGCUAACCCUUUACAAACACCCAACCAAAAACACCUUACCGUCCUCCCUUUCUACUUCACCUUUUUCUACUCUAUUUGUUUCAGUAGCCAUAUCUAAACCUUUGUUGCUGCCACUGUUUGCCUCUGGACAACUUCAAAGAUGGAUAGCGACUUUGAAACAUUCUUCAAUGUUUAAUUAUACUGCUUAGUCGCUCAGUACAUCAACGGAAACAAACGGCAGACUUUUUGAGCUGACUUUGCCACUAUACCUCCUUUACUUUUUAUAGAUUAAUAGAAAACCAGGGGGGUACUUAACAAAUUUUUAUACGGGGAGGUUCCGCCCCGAGGUCCGACCCCUUACCCUUUUAUAUACAAUUUUUCACGAAAAAGGUUUCCCCUUCGUAUACCUUUUAUUGACAAAUGGUACUCCUUUCACUUACCUUGUUUAAAAUUUGCAUCAGUCCCUUUUAACUGCUGUAAAUGCAUCGUCUUUCAAAUAGCAAUCAAUCACAAAAACAGAACGUUUUCUCGUCUUUAUAAAGUCAUAAAAUUCAUCUGUUAGCCCUUUUGGGCCCUUUCACAGACCCAAAUGACAGAUUUCCCUACCCUUUUAUAUACCUUAACUAGUCAAAUACCAACCUUUAUUAUAUGCCUGAAGCCUGGAAAAGGUACCCCUUUCGGGCGGAGCCUUCCCGUAUAGGCCAUCAUAGGGAGUACCCCCCGGGAGUGAAAAUCCCAUAGGUGAGCCCCUGCCUUUGAGGAAGUCUGUAUUUAACUUCCGUCUAUGGUAAAAAAGCUGAGCAUUCCAUCUUUAUUUUGCAUUUCAGCCACCCCUGAAAGUGGAUGUUUGUUGCCAGACAAUCAAAGAGUUCCUUCUAAUUACUCUUACCAUCCAAACGUUGUCCCUUUUGGUAUUACCUAUUGCAUCCUAUGCGUCUGCAUUGUAAGUUCAUUCUAGAUAAGAGUAUGUAUUUAAAAUUGUUUGUAUUGCAGUUCUAAUAGAAAUCUGACGUUGAAUUCUCUUGGCGUUAAAAGGUCAAUAUCUCUUAUUUAGGAAGGCACUCUUUCUUAGAUGAUACCCAGAUAUUUCAAAGAUUUCCUGCACUUGGGUUUUAACCACGCAGAUGGGGACAGAGUGAUCUCGUACUCAGAUCUCGAAGGUCACGUAGCAAAGAAAGAUCUCACAUUUCCACUGACAAACAAACGCCGGUGAGAUCUGGGUACAAGACUGCUUAGUGACAGAAGUAAUUUAAAUAAGUGCUCCGUGUGGAGUCGUGCAUGGAGAAUACAAGCUUGUUGACCUUUUCUAGAUAUUUAACAAGGGUAGUACAGUCAAUUUGCCCUCAUUUGCAAACAGAUGGGCAAACUACUCAGCUAUUAGAAAGUUUUGACCAAGUUACCAUGUCGUGUAAACUCGGAACACAACAGACCUGUGCAGUCUUCGCAUAGGAUUCUUGUGCUAAUGAUUGAUACGGACUGUUGAUAGAUUGACUGUUUGAUUGACUCUGUUUCUUCAUACAUCGAGCAUUGCACUAAUCAAACUUUGUAGCCUGCGAGCAAGCUCUCCAAUAAAGGCUAGCGAAGCGAGCCUCAAGAGAACAUGCCCCUCGCACUCGCGUGUCCUUUCGCUUGAGGCUCUCGCGUGAAUUCUCUCACGACUCCCAAAAUCGCAGGGUACGAACUUUGUUGACGUGACACUGUCCUAUAUUUUAGCCACCCAAUAUAGAUUGCAGUCCUGUGCAUUGUCCGUCCAAUUACUCUUGCGCACAGCCGGUAACCGUUCCCGGGAAAUGUUGUAAGGAAUGUAAAGGUAAGAUGCUGUUCUGAUGUUCAUAGUGUUCUAUAGAAAUUUAAAAAUUUCGAAAAAAUAAAGGUGUUGAGCCAGUCAUCCCAAAUAAUAUUGAGCUUGAGUGAAUGGCACGCAUGUAUUCAAGAAAACAAAUCAAGAGCAAGACAGUUGCUGGCUGCAUGGCUUCACACUUGUUGGCAAAGUAUAUUACUUGAAAUAAAAGCUGUCAAUCUCUCCGUUCGUGAGAAUUUGGAACCGCCUCAUGUGCAUAUCUUGCACAUGGCUUACAUUACUUAUUGGUCAAGUGUGUUCUCAAGUGUGAUGUAGCCUAUACUUGGCGACGAACUUCGGCUUCUUUGAAAUACGAACGUUUCCAUGGUCACCAAGUAAAGCUGAAGUACCAAAAUUUUACUCCUUCACACUCAAAGUAGGUUCCACACUUACAUUUCAUUAUACUUGAAGCUCUAGUGUGAAGCCAACAAUUAAUUUCCUUUACAUUACUAUUAAAGUUGUUUUUGGUACUUAAAACCAGUCUAAAGUUAAAACUUUAUAAAUACGGUUCUGGGAAUAUUUGUUGGCUUCACACUAGGGCUUCAAGUACAUGUAUAAGGUAAGUGUACUUGGAACUUAUUUUGAGUGUGAAGGGGUAAAAAAAAAUGUGCCUACUUCAACUUUACUUGGUGACUGUGGAAAUGUUCGUAGUUCAAAGAAACCGAAGUUUGCCGCCAAGUAUGGGCUAUACACACUUGACCAAUAAGAAAUGGAAGCCACGUGCACGAUGUUCACUACCCAAAUUUGGGUAGUUCUUCUGAUUGAUCGUGCCGCGUGGGAAAUGUGACUCAGCCAAUCAGAAGUGCUACCCAGACCUGGGUAGUGACGCGUCAUCAGUAUGGAAUCUCUGCGCUCGUUUCUCAGACGUCAUUUCGUGGGGAAACCAGUGGUGACGUCGCGACAUGUCGGCUGUUUUCUCAGGCUAAUGUCUGCUCAAACAGUUCUAAACAUUUAGAAACUGAAACUGGUUAUAUGUUUUCGGCGCCAUUUGUCAACUUAAAUUUACGCGAGCGUGAAGCGCUUUCAACGAAAAAAACCUAAUUAUCUUGAGAAACAGGCUAGAAGAUCAUAGCUUGUGGUUAAAGAGGUAACUGACCAUUUCCAACAACAGGUACCAACACCACCAUGAAACCAGCUGUUAGGAGAUACUGCCAAGGAAAGCACUGGAGGGUCUAUGAAUAUAAGAUGAUCCAACGCAGAAAUCAAAACUUAAGGACCGAAAUCCGAGUACACUUUGCAUUUGUGGACGGAGAGCGAAACUUUGUGGAAAUACACAGCCUUGUUGCUAAUACAACAAACAAAACAGUUACCGUAACGAACACUACCAAGAGGAAUUUCGAUCAAAUUAACCAGAACAGUAAUUAUAUUCACCUUGGAAAGAUUCGUGAAGGUAGGUGUAAAAUUUCCGUUCAAAGAAAAUAAUAAAUGAGCAACAAAAAUAAGUUACACUCUAAUGUUACACCAAGAGUUUUAAGUGUAUCGGUAGUGUCCACUGCAAUACACUGAAGUUAUAGCGAUAGGGGUACUGGACCUACGGCCAUUGCCUGCGUCUUGGAUGCAUUGAUCUCUACAUAGUUUUGCCGAAGCCAUGUUGUUAAUAUUUGAAGAUCAGAAUUAAUAGCAUAUUCUAAAACUGGAGGGCAAACGUCCGAUGAAUAUUUAGUAGUGUCAUCUGCAUACAACCAUAGACAGAUGUUUGUAACUUGAAGGUUCAAAUCAUUAAUAUAAAUAUUAAAAAGCAAAGGGCCCAACAGGGUUCCCUGAGGAGCCCCAACUUUAGGUUUCCAGUCAGAGUAAACGCCGUCCAUUUUGACCCUCUGCCGCCUAUCUUGCAAUUAAUUCCUCUUCAACUCCAAUGCUUGAUCUGUGAAGCCAUAAGCUCUGAGUUUUGCAAGCAGUAGGCCGUGACAUACGGAGUCAAACGCCCUACUCAGAUAAAUUGAAAGCGUAGCAACAGCCUCUCUGUUGUCAAGGCUCAACCUUGACAACAGAGAGACUUAUUAGUCUCAGAAGCUUUUUUAAAUACUGAAGUGAUGUUGCUACUCUUCCAUACCCUAGGCCAUAACCUAUUAGUGAUAAAAUGAUUGAUCAGUUUAGUCGGUGGUUGCGUUAUGACAGGUGCCCCCCACCCCCUUCCCUCACCUGAUAUAAGCCUUCCUCUAGCUUGCAUUGAAAUGAAUUCGAUUUAUAAUGAGGUUUUGAAGCCUAUGAUAGCAAGUAAAUGCAAAGCGUAUUUUGAUCGGCAUUGCCAUAGCUUGUUUCGAAUCGCUUUUUCAGGUCCGAUUAUAAGCCCUCUCGGAUAAGCCCCUCCGUUCAAAGCCCUCCUUAAACCCCUUACAAAGAUGUAUAAGCCCAGGGCUUAUAUGCAGCAGUUUAAUGUAUCGAAUCGUGUUCUUAAGUAAUUCCAUGCGGGAUAAAACCCUCCGCGAACGUUACUCUCUAAGACAUUGUGUGCGUGUGUGUGUGUGUGUUUUUUUUUGUUGUUGUUAUUUUCCUAAAAUUUCACUUUGCAAGUAGCUUCGCCUGUAGGUUUCCCUAAUCCUUCUCUGGAAUUUUAGAGGCUUGAUAUUGUGUUUAGGGUUACUGUCAAUCUCAAGAAUAUUUCUGUCAAAAAGAAACGCCAUCAAUCAUUAAUUAACUUUUUAAACUUUGUUUUCUAGUGCAGAUAGUCAAACUGAGGGACAACGAGAAACGCCCAUGUCACCAUAGCCACGGAUGUGUUCACACUGUACGUAAAAUAGCGGACAGGCUUAGAGGCCGUGUCAGCAACUGUGUCAGUCGAGGCCCACCUGAUAUACUUAAGAUGCUUGAAAGCACGCCCACCGAGCCUGGAACUUAA